CGACCCGCAAUAUAACUUCACUACGACAAGGUAGCUACCCGAAACUCCUGUCACAACUUCCUCGAAAAGUCACCGGUUGUUCGUAUCUUGCUUCUCGAAUCGAUCCGACGUCGACAGGAUGGGUCAAGGUCAGUCCUCUCAGCAACGCCCCACGACGCCAGAGCCUCAGCUCAGCCCAGAGGAACAGGCGCAAGCACAGGCUGAAGAUGCGCGCAAAACAGCAAGCUGCUCUUGAUAAGCGCUUCGCAAACCAACCCAAGAAGUCAACGGCGGUGCCAACUGCGAGUACUCAGUCUUCCAAGAAGCCGACUGCACUAGAAGAAAUGAGCAAGGAAAAUGUGGGUUGGCGCAACGUUGAUGCGCAGACAGAGUUCCGACGCUGGGAUUGAGGGAGCAGUGCAGCGAAGAUAGUGCCUGGAGCGAGAUGAUGUGAGGGUUUGUGAGGGGCUUGUCAGAAAGCUCUCAGCUUCGAAUUUGUAGGGACAACCAAGUCGGAAGAGAAAGAUGUUUCCCGGUGUAAAUGGAGGACGAAGUGUGAAUACAGAUGAGAUGGAUAGGCAUGGCGUUAUCGGAGCUCGGUGAUCUCGUCUUUCCAUGUGUACAGGUAUUUUCAUCAAGCUUCGCUAGAACUACAUCGCCUGUCGCAUCGUGGCCUUCUGCCAACAAGCCUUGGCCAAGUGAGAACGUCUAAUACUGGUGACUGGAAGACAAAUUAUGGUGUGGGGUGGCGGUUCAUUCCUACUAGGAGCUAACGAUGUUCUGCUUACCGUAGUCGCUUACAUAACAACUCCUUCCGGAGCUAAGCC